CUGCCUUUAUUUAGAUCCUUUUGCUCAACUCGCUCUGUUCCGUCUUUCUUCUCACAACAUCAUCACACUCAAAUACCCUUUCAAAAGUCUUCAAAUAACCGCGAUCCUCCAUUGAAGCAACUGCGAUUUUCUUUUCCUUUUUCUCCUACUCUACGAUAUAAUCUCUACGCAUUCUACACACACCACACACAUCACACAAAAUGGCUCCCGCCGUCGGUAUCGAUUUGGGUACCACGUACUCUUGCGUGGGUAUCUUCCGUGAGGACCGAUGUGAUAUCAUUGCCAACGAUCAGGGUAACCGAACUACCCCCUCAUUCGUCGGUUUCACCGACACCGAGCGUCUGAUUGGUGAUGCCGCCAAGAACCAAGUCGCUAUGAACCCCCAGAACACUGUCUUCGACGCCAAGCGAUUGAUUGGUCGCAAGUUCGCCGAUCCUGAGGUCCAGGCCGACAUGAAGCACUUCCCCUUCAAGAUCGUCGACAAGGGUGGUAAGCCCGUUAUCGAGGUUGAGUUCAAGGGCGAGACCAAGACCUUCACCCCCGAGGAGAUCUCCGCCAUGAUCCUCACCAAGAUGCGUGAGACCGCUGAGUCUUACCUCGGCGAGACUGUCAACAACGCUGUUGUUACCGUCCCCGCCUACUUCAACGAUUCUCAGCGUCAAGCCACCAAGGAUGCUGGUCUCAUCGCCGGUCUCAACGUUCUCCGAAUCAUCAACGAGCCUACUGCUGCCGCCAUUGCCUACGGUCUCGACAAGAAGGUUGAGGGUGAGCGCAACGUCCUCAUCUUCGAUCUUGGUGGUGGUACCUUCGAUGUGUCUCUCCUUACCAUUGAGGAGGGUAUCUUCGAGGUCAAGUCUACUGCCGGUGACACCCACUUGGGUGGUGAGGACUUCGACAACCGUCUGGUCAACCACUUCGUUAAUGAGUUCAAGCGUAAACACAAGAAGGAUCUUAGCACCAACGUCCGUGCUCUGCGACGUCUCCGAACUGCUUGCGAGCGUGCCAAGCGAACCCUCUCUUCUUCCGCUCAGACCUCCAUCGAGAUCGACUCUCUCUUCGAGGGUAUCGACUUCUACACCUCCAUCACCCGUGCUCGUUUCGAGGAGCUCUGCCAGGAUCUCUUCCGAUCCACUAUCCAGCCCGUCGACCGUGUCCUUACCGACGCUAAGAUCGACAAGUCCCUUGUCCACGAGAUCGUCCUCGUCGGUGGCUCUACUCGUAUCCCCCGUGUCCAGAAGCUCAUCACCGACUACUUCAACGGAAAGGAGCCCAACAAGUCCAUCAACCCUGAUGAGGCUGUUGCCUACGGUGCCGCCGUCCAGGCCGCGAUUCUCUCCGGUGACACCUCCAGCAAGGCCACCAACGAGAUCCUGCUUCUCGAUGUCGCCCCUCUCUCUCUCGGUAUCGAGACCGCUGGUGGUAUGAUGACCAAGCUCAUCCCCCGCAACACCACCAUCCCCACCAAGAAGUCCGAGGUCUUCUCCACUUUCUCCGACAACCAGCCUGGUGUUCUUAUCCAGGUCUACGAGGGUGAGCGUCAGCGCACCAAGGACAACAACCUCAUGGGCAAGUUCGAGCUCACUGGUAUCCCCCCUGCCCCCCGUGGUGUCCCCCAGAUUGAGGUCACCUUCGAUCUUGAUGCCAACGGUAUCAUGAACGUCUCCGCCGUCGAGAAGGGCACUGGCAAGUCCAACAAGAUUGUCAUUACCAAUGACAAGGGCCGCCUGUCCAAGGAGGAGAUCGAGCGCAUGCUUAACGACGCUGAGAAGUACAAGGAGGAGGAUGAGGCCGAGGGUAAACGUGUCGCUGCCAAGAACGGUCUUGAGUCUUAUGCUUACUCUCUCCGCAACACCCUCUCCGACCCCAAGGUCGAGGAGAAGAUCGAGGCCAGCGACAAGGAGACUCUCACUGCCGAGAUCGACAAGGUCGUCCAGUGGCUCGACGACAACCAGCAGGCUACUCGUGAGGAGUACGAGGAGCACCAGAAGGAGCUCGAGGGCAAGGCCAACCCCAUCAUGAUGAAGUUCUACGGAGCUGGUGGUGAGGGUGCUCCUGGUGGCAUGCCCGGUGGUCCCGGUGGCUUCCCUGGUGCUGGCGGCCCUGGUGGUGCUCCCGGUGCUGGUGGUGACGAUGGUCCCACCGUCGAGGAGGUCGACUAA